AUGGGGAAGAGUGAGCAAUUUCUUGCAAUUUUGCGACUUUAUCAUUUGAUAAUUACGGAAUUGACGUUGCAAUCGGACCUUUUGCUCUGAAAUAUUGUCCUAUCUGAUUUCCUUCUUACCGAUGUUUCUUUCCGCGUUUGGUUCGACUCCUCACGGAAGCUCAUUAUGCCUUCUAUCAAACCAUAAUUACAUAAUUACAUAAUUUCAUACUGAGGAGAUUUGAUUUUCUGAGUUGGUAUGCCUGUGCAGAUCGUAGCAAACGUCGAGAUACCAAUCUUUUUGAUAGCGAUGACGAUGACAGCAUGAGUUCGGCAUCUACUGGGAUAUCUGAACAGACGCUCGCUCAAGAGAGCGAGCGUGUGACCUCCAAGGACCACGAGCUUGACAUGUUUCUUGACGCUCUUUAUGAGAAGAGGUAUUAUACAUUUCCUGCUUAAAGUUAAAGCGUCGUUUCUUAUGUCUGUGAAAACUGUUUUAUUUCUGAAGGGGAAAAUAAUAUUUCAGAUUGUUGACAUACUGGCUUCCGCUCCUUUUUCAUUAGCUUUUGUCAAACCGAUAUGACCAGUGGAAAAACCGACUGUAAUGUCCGCUAUUUAUAAGUUUCGAGAUGAAGAUCGGAUCACUGUGAAUUUUUUUGCUAUAACUAAUGAAUGCGUAAUAGUAACGACGAUCUCUCAUGUUAAACUCUGCCGAAGAAUAGUAUAUUAUGCUGAGAUGACGUUGCCCAACGCUGUAAAUACGUUUCUGGUAAACAGUCAAGUCAAAAUGAUCAUCAGUUGAUCGCGAAAACGUUCUGCAUGUUAAAUAACCUAACCUACGUGUACUCUUUCUUCUUGUUUUGGGCGUGCUUCCAAUUUUUUGUUGUUGGACCCGUUAAUGGCCUGAAUUUAUUUCAUGGUGUACGACUGUCUUUUGUUUGAAAGUACAAAAGUGAUGAAUUCGUAGUAUCCAGAAGACAGAGGAUCUUGCUUUCCCGAGUGAUCUUCUGCGAGGUGGCACACAUAGUGUUUCCUUGUUAAUCAUAUUUAUUUAUUUAUAUUGAAAAUUUCAAAUACAGCAUAUUAAUUCUUACAUCUUCCCUCUUUUUGGUGCUAUAUUUUAAACAACAUAAAUUAGUGAUCUCUACGACAUGAUAAAAUGAAAAGACUGAUUUUUCUUGUUGAGAUUCGACAAUAGAGUUGAAUUGGUUGAAUCAGCCUUGAUGCGUCCUAAUGAGGCUUGGAUGAUCACAAUGAAAAUGGGAUUUUUUUUUUAAUGAAUAAGUUAAGAAUGAGAUCGUGAUCAGCUUUGAUUCGUCUUCACGUUGUCCUCGUAAUGUCAGCCUUUGACUACCUUAUACAGACUGUUUUCGUGAUAAAUCUGAUUGAUAUUUUUCGGAAUAAUCUGAAAAUUAUUUUCAAUUAUAGCGUUUUUUUUUUUUUGGUUCAGUACUGUCCGUAAUAAAAAAAUUUAAAUAAAAAUAAAUGCUCAAGCCUUUUAAUAAUCUACGACCUAAAAUAUUAUCAUCGAUCCGAUUUCAUGAAUGAUAGGAGGUAGACGUGAUGGCCUUACAAAUUUUUGUUUAUGUACUAGUUUUUAUAUGAAACUUGUUGAGGGGUUUAUACGCAUGCUCAUUUAUAGACAUGCAUACAAUUAAUCUGGAAGUGGUAACCAGGUAGAUAGGAUAUGUACACUAGAGCUAUUUGAAUCCAAAACUGAAAGAUAUUUAACCUCGUCCAGUUGACAAGUUUGCAUCGAUGUAUAACAGGGGUCCACUGUCCUGCUGAAUUUGACAUUCUUUUGAUGCGUUAAUUUUUUUUUCCGUUCUUUACCUGUUUAUAAUUUUUUCCUCUGUAGACGAUCUCCAAUUUGAUAUUUUAUGUUUGACUGUUCUGGUGAGUAAUGGCAUUGUUCUUAGAGAGAUUUUUUAAGAGCUGUUAUGAUACUUUAUUUUGAAAUUUUCAUCUUUGCUGAAUCAGUGUUCAUAUCUGAUAAAAUUAAUUCUACUGCCAUUUUUGUUGAUCUCAAUUUACCACUAAGCAAUAGUACCUUUUUUCUAAAUGAAGGGGCGCAACGAGAGAAAAGGCGUUGUUGGGGCUUGUUGAUGCAUUUGAAAACCACGUGCUUCUCGAAUUUGUGGAAAACAAGUAAGCUUUACUGAACAUAUCAUCGUUCUCUAGUUCUAAGAGUUUCUAAAAAAACGAGAAAAUGGUUUUUAAAGAUUUCAAAAGGAAAAACAAGAAGGGUUAACGAAAUAGUUCUAGUUAUAAAACGAAUAAUGAUGCUUGGAUGGUGGCUCAGGAUCAGUCUCAUGAAAAUCUUAUAUUCCCUGAGGAGGUUCUACCACGUGGAAAUGCCCUUUAAUGGAUAUUUAGCUUUAGCUGCAGCAUACUUGGCUUAUGCUACUUGAAGUGAAUCUCUGCUAGUAUGUGUUUUGCCAAUAAAUUUGUGGACGCUGUCCUCGGAGAAGUGUUUUUUUGGAAGAUAAUGGGCCAUCUUUGGCAGUUGUGCCUUGUGAGGGUAUAUUAUCCUGUGCUUAGUAACUUAAUCAGGAAAACAUUGUGCAUAAUGUGCGGGGAUCUGCAAAAGCUGUUCAAUAUACCUUAAACACUGUAGAUAUGAUACAAGAAUCGUUUGUUAAGGAUAUAUAAAUAAUUUUCGAAGGUCCUUAGAUAGGAGAGAAAAGAUCCGACAAAAUUAAGUGGAGGCAAUCAAGAAUUUUAUCUCGGAGUAGUAUACUUUCUUCACAGCCUCAUAUGUUGGACUUGUUGAUCACUGUGACAAAUACAUGCAUCGUUUUCCUUAUAUUUGUUGAUCAUCCAAGUUGUUCUUGUAGGUCUAUUACUUUGCUUCAUCAGUUUCUCAACUCAAUUAAACGGGGAUCUUCCAAGGAGGUUUCUUUAGCCUCCCGUGCAAUUGGUCAGUUCUUCACUCUUUGGAAGCAGAAGCACUAUAUAUGUUUCUUUUUGGGCCAACCAUGACCUCUUUAAUUGUGUUUUGCCUCGGAAGGUCUGUUGGCUAUUACCAUUGGCUGUGGGAGCAUUGCACAUGAAAUAAUGGAGGAGUGUAUUCCGAAUUUUUAUCAAGCACUCACGUCAGGGUCUGAUUCACUUAAGAAGUCAGCGGUAUGUGAUGUUCUACUCCCAUGUUAAUCUGAUUUAUGAUGCCAUUUUAUUUUUAAUUAAUAAUUAUAUUUAUUAUAUUUUUUUUUUGUUUAUAGAUUUUGGAUUGUCUGGCUGUCAUCUGUUUUGUUGGCGGUGAAGAGGUCGAAGAGAAGGAGAAAGCAAUGAAAAUCAUCUGGGAACUGAUCCAUCCGAAGUCUGGUUCCAACGUACGUGAUUGCUGUUGCCUGAUGUGAUACGUCUUUGAAUAUUUACUAUACAAUAUGGGCAUUAUCGUUCCCUAGCUGGUCUCAAGCCUUUUUCUCGCCUUUGAUGUAUAAAGUAUCCGUUUUUUUCUUUGUAGGUUACACUUUCCAAGCCUAUUCCGAUUGUACUAGCAUCGGCUAUAUCUGCAUGGUCAUUCAUACUAUCUACGCUGAAUCCACGGAACAUAAAUUCCCAAACUUGGCGGGAGUGAGUAAAGACCUGUUGUCGUCUGUCCUUUUUUUUUUUGGAGGUUUUUCUUGGAAAUUUUAUAAUUCCUUUCUUCCGUAUGCUAUUUCAGGUCAAUAUCAUAUCUGUCAACGUUAUUAGACAAGGAUGAUCGAUCUGUCCGCAUUGCCUCUGGUGAAGCCAUUGCUCUUAUUUUUGAGUUAGGAAGGCUGGAUAAGUUCUCCCAAGAAGAUACUGGCUUUUACGAGAAUGAAAAACACGAGGGUGCUAAGCCACCCAGUGGUGGAUUUACUUAUGUGGAAACGCUUAAAGGAAAAAUAUUGAGUCAGGCAAGAACCCUGUCUAUGGAGGCUGGCGGCAAAGGUUCCGCCAAGGUUGAUCUGAAUAACCAGCGUAAUACAUUUCAAGAUAUUGUGGCCUUUAUAGAGGUACUUGUUUUUUCCUGGUCCUGUUUGCUUUUGUUUCUACGAGGUGCAUGAUGUAAUGCGAUGACUGUGCAAUUUGGGUUGGCAGAGUGGCUCUUGUCCUGAACAUUCCGUGAAGGUUUUGAAUAACUGCAAUCAUCUGGUAGUAUCAACUUGGAUACAAAUGACGCAGGUGUGCAAUUUCUUCAUUAUUUUGUGGUCUUCUUUCUUGGUUCUCUUUAAUUAUGCCAAUAACUUUCUCUUCUUCUCAGUUGAACUUUCUGAAGCGUUUCCUUGGCCGUGGAUUCCUCAAGCACAUUCAGGUACAUCCCUAAUUAUGGUGUUGCUUUGAGGAUAUGAUGUUAUUUAUGGUAACUCAAUAUAUUAAUAUCCUAAAGAUCUUAUGGAGUUUAUUUUUGCACGUGAUGCCUUUUCAGUAUAUGUUAUAUCUGUUUGUUCACUGUAUUACUAUCAUUAGGAUUUUAUAUUGCUUACGUAUGAGCUGGCUUUUUUUGUGCCUGAUGGCUGAAAGGGUUUGCUAUUUAUCUAGGAUAAUGAACUUCUCCAUGAUGUUUUUGACUUCACUCCAAGGAGAAAGGAUAACUUGUCAAUCAAAGAAAAGGUCAGUUUAUUCAUUGGAGGGUUUAUAACUUUUUCCUUCAAAUAUUUUUUUGGAGUUUUUUUGAUAUCUAUGCAUGCAUUUAUCUUGGGAAUUAGGUUAGUUGAAUACAGUUUUUGAUCAUCUCCAUUCAUUAUCCUCUUUUGGGUUUUCUGGGUGGACAGUCAUUUUCCUACUUGGUGCAGUCGUCACUGCAGUUUUUUUUUUCAAUGACGUUAACUGUAUUUUAUCUUAUGAUCCAUAUCACGUGGAUACUCUGGAUUCCAGAGCAUGAAUAUUUCACCCGUAUGCAUUCAGAACGAGGAUUUUGUAAUUUAUGUGACGAUAUUAACCAAGUAUUUCCAUUAUUUUCUUUUUUGUAUACAUUGCUGUUACAUUGAAAAUUAUUUAUUUGCAUUUAUAAAAAUAUCUUUUUUGGAAGAGAAUGAUCGUUAAUUUGAAAUGCCAUAUAUUGAUUUAUUAAUGAAAGCCAUGAUUGUUAUUGCUGGAGAUAACGUCGUUCACAAAAGAUGUUAAAUUUAACCGUAGGUGGAAUGCUUUUCCCUGCAAUCAAUGCCAAUCACAAGUCUUUGGUGACAAAUAAGGAGCCCUCUAAAUUCCGUGGGCCCUCAAAUGCGAAUAAAUUUUUCUUGUAACGACGGGUUGGUCAUAAAAACAGCAUAUCAACUUGUGCGAUUGUGACAGACUGAGAAUCUUUAUGAUCAUCUGGGUUGUAACAGUGAUUUGUGAUCUUAUCGAUAUGAUGCGCUCCUUAACCAGAGAAUUGCAACCGUAAGUUCCAUGGCCUUUGAAGGAUGCAUGGACCUAGGACUGAAAAAAAUACACACACUCGUGAUGUAUGGCAAUCUUGUAAUCAAUGGAUCCGCCUUUUAUUUACUGGGCAUGAUAUUUGCAUUAAUUGACCAUCAAUAGUUUGUUGAGCGUGAGCUUAUUGGGCCCUGUUGACUUUAUUCCUUUCAUUCAAAUCAAGCGUAGUAUUGAAAUAUCAUCUGCAUUCCUUUCAACGCCCAAUUCUUGAACCCUCUCCAAAAAUCUAGACUCUCUAGAAUUGAUUGAGCCAGGUAUUUGGACGAAACAGUACAGAAUUUUCGGCGAUGCUUAUUUUGUUAGCAGAUGGUUCAAAAUGUAUUGCGGAAAUUAACUUGUUGAAUCUUCUAUGAUCAUUUGAUGGAAGGUGAUUUUUGUGUGCGGUGAUUUAACAGUAUGUUUUUUCAUGGUUCUUGCCCUCAUCGUAAAUUGUUCUCGUACAGAGAUUGUUCUUGUCCCCGAACUCUGUGGUCAACAAAGAAAGGACUCAGUACCUCAACAAGCGGCGUUCAUGGACAAAAGUAAGACAUCCUUGCAUUAACAUCAGGAGUUGCAUGCCAUGGCUUUGUAGACCCUCUGGUUCAUUCGUGGAUGCCUCUGUUCCUUCUUCUGUAGUUAGUUUGCGGCCAUUGGGAGUUCUUGCGGUUUAGUUCAUGGUUCUAUACAUUGACCCAUUCAUGGCUAUAUACACCCAUUUUUAGUAUUUUAUCAUUUGGCGAUCUUUGAACAAUGACAAAGUUGACUCCGGUCUUCGCUGAGACUGCCGAUGCACCCCUUUUGCAGGAUUGGAAACAGGGUCAUUUCAAGGUGGGAGCUGAAGACGUCUGA